AUCACUAUCGCUUUGUGACACUGCAUAAAUAGCAGUGGUGAAGUGGUGAGGACAUUGCAGCCUAGUGGCACUCUUGUAGCCUACGGAUACGGAAAGAUGUCUUGGACAAUAGUUUUGCUGCUCAGUGCUCUUGUUGCACUUUUGUUUUUGUCCUCACGCUGGAGACAGAAAAAUGAGCCACCUUUAGACAAAGGGUUCAUUCCUUGGCUUGGACAUGCCCUUGAGUUUGGAAAAGAUGCUGCCAGGUUCCUGACUAGGAUGAAACAGAAGCAUGGAGACAUUUUUACAGUUCGUGUUGCUGGUCGUUAUGUGACCGUCCUGCUGGAUCCCAACUCCUACGAUGCCAUCCUGAAUGACAGGUCCUGUCUGGACUUCACUGGCUACAAACACUUGCUUAUGGAACGGAUCUUCAGCCUGAAGCUGCCCACUCACAACACAGACACAGAGAGGGUCUGGAUGAAACAGCAAUUUCAGGGUGUGAGCCUCACCCGCCUGAGCAGCUCAAUGCACAGUCACAUGCAGGCCCUGCUGACAGACCACAAGAGGGAUGGCCCUUCAGACUGGAGGCAGGAUGGCCUCUUCAACCUGUGCUACAGCCUGCUCUUCAGGGCUGGAUAUCUCACAUUGUUUGGUUCAGAAAACAACAACAUUACAGAUGUAACCACUGUCUACAAAGAGUUUCGCAAGUUUGACGAUUUUCUCACAAGAUUGGCACGCUCAACACUCAAUCAAGGGGACAGGAAGACAGCCGUCUCGUGUAGAGAGCGUCUGUGGGAGCUUCUGAGCCCCACCUGGGGACCUGAGCUGGGGACGCGACUCGGGACAGCAGAGGGCCCAGACGGCCUCUCCUGGCAGCAGAACUAUCUGCAGUAUCUAAAGGAGGACGGGGUGGGUGCUGAAAUGCAGAAGCGAGCCCUGCUGCUGCAGCUGUGGGCCACCCAGGGUAAUGCAGGACCCGCUGCCUUCUGGCUUCUCGGCUUCCUGCUUACUCACCCUGAGGCCAUGCGAGCUGUGAGGGAGGAGAUCAGAGGACUGCCUCUGCAGGAGGGGUUCCCACAGCACCACCUGUUGGAAACACUGGAAAGACACCAUACACCUGUGUUUGACAGUGUUCUGAGUGAGACCCUGCGCCUCACAGCUGCUGCUCUCAUCACCAGAGAGGUGGUGAAGGACAAGAACCUCCAUCUGGCGAGUGGGCAGGAGUACCAUCUCAGAAAGGGAGACAGGGUGUGUCUCUUCCCUUUUCUCAGUCCCCAGAUGGACUCCCAGAUACACCAGGACCCUCAGAAAUUCCAAUAUGAUCGCUUCCUUAAUGCAGACAUGACAGAGAAGAGGAAAUUCUUUAAGGGAGGAAAGAGGAUGAAGUAUUACACCAUGCCCUGGGGAGCAGGGGGAAAUGUCUGCGUUGGGAAACAUUUCGCUGUCAGUGGCAUCAAACAGUUUGUGUUUAUGGUGCUUACACGUCUGGACCUGAAGCUGUGUGACCCAACUGAUCGUGUUCCACCCAUCAACCCCAGUCGCUAUGGUUUUGGGAUGCUUCAGCCUGAUGGAGACCUGCAAAUUCACUACAGAAUCAAGAAUAUAACUGAGACAUGACCACCACAUUUUAACUGCACCCUGCACCAAACUAUUAUUUUUACUACUACUACAUCUGCUCAACUUUCCCUAAUUAUACUGUAAAUACUGUAUAUAUAAUUUAUUCUGGUGUGUUUAAUAUGAAACAGAUGUAUUUUUUCUAUUCAUCAAAUGUUUUAUGCUAGUGUUGUCCUGUAGCUUUUUAUUUUUUAAUGUCGGAUUGUAUACCUUAAUAAAUAAUUCGAAUGUU